GUAAAACAUCCACAGAUGGUGUUGAGUAGAGCGAGCAGCAGGCGCACUACGAGAUCAAGUGUGGGAGUGUGUGUUUGUGUGUCUGCGACAGACACAGAGGGACAGACCCACUGUGUUGGGAAGAAUAGUAACACAGAGGAGGAGCAGGAGAGUGUUGGCUGAGAGGAGUUGCAGGAAAAGUGUCAAGAGGAGGAGUGAAUGUUGGAGGAAGAGAAACAGAGAAGCCCCUUUACCUUCCCCAGAGAGCAGGAGGUAAACUGCCGGAAAGCAAAUAUUAAUGACCUGACAAAAGACCACAUGACAACCUCGUGUUGAUCAAACAGACAUACCCUGGAGCAGCGCAAAAGAGGAGCUGGGAUACAUAUAUACACAAGUCGAGUCCCUCUCGCAGCUGUCCACUCACUGAUGAACGUCACUCCUGCUAGACAAGGGCCACGCUGACACAGACAGACAAGUGGAGAAAAGAAAAGGACAUUUGCCCCUUUUUGUGGCACACUAACACUGUUUCCUGGAUUUAUACUUUUUUAUUAUUAUUAUUUUAUUUUGAUUAACCUUGAAGCCAGAGUGUCACAUUUGUGCUGACCCCUCCAAGCAUCCUGUCCCUGAGGAGCAAAGAUGAGCUGCAGGAAACGGUGCAAGCGUGAGAUCUUCAAGUUUGCGCAGUACCUGUUCAGACUUAUAACAGGAACGCUCAACACUGACAGCGUGGAAGAUGAGCUUGAACUUUCGGCAGUCCGUCAUCGUCCCGAGGGCCUGGAGCAGCUUGAAGCACAGACACGGUUCUCCCGUAAAGAGCUGCAGAUCCUUUACCGCGGCUUCAAGAAUGAAUGUCCUAGUGGAGUCGUUAAUGAAGAUACUUUCAAAGACAUCUACUCGCAGUUUUUCCCACAAGGAGAUGCUUCAACAUAUGCACAUUUCCUCUUCAACGCAUUCGACACAGAUCACAACGGCUCUGUGAGUUUUGAGGAUUUUGUUAUGGGACUUUCUAUCCUCCUGAGAGGCACAGUCCAGGAGAAACUCAUCUGGGCUUUCAACCUUUAUGAUAUUAAUAAAGAUGGAUAUAUCACUAAAGAGGAGAUGCUUGACAUCAUGAAGGCCAUAUAUGACAUGAUGGGAAAGUGCACGUAUCCUGUCCUCAAAGAGGAGACGCCUCGUCAGCAUGUAGAAGUAUUCUUUCAGAAGAUGGAUAAGAAUAAAGACGGAGUGGUAACCAUAGAUGAGUUCAUUGACUGUUGCCAAAACGAUGAAAACAUCAUGCGAUCAAUGCACCUCUUUGAAAAUGUUCUUUAACUUUUGGCUGACUGUGGUGGCUUUGGGGGAGAGAAGCAUCUUUAGCAUGGCCCAGUUACUGACUUGGACUCAUACUGUGUACAGUGUGCUAUGCAGACUUUUGACCAUAGAUGUAAUAUUGUUCAUUACUGUGGGCCACAAUUAGGAAUAGACUGCAUGGUGAGAACAUUCUGGAAUGAGUCGCCUUUGAAAAAGUUUAUUUGUUGCAGUUGGUUGGGAAAAAUGGACUGAAAUUACUAAAAAAAAAAAAGAAAAGAAAGAAAAUUUUAAUUUUCACAAUACAAAGUAUUUGACUUUUGCUGCUUGGUUAUUGAUUGGAGUAAAACAUUUAAAAAAAGAGACUUUAAAAUGGACAAUUUACUCAUCUGUUUUUCUUUUGCAGGCUUGUUUUAUUUACUGCCAUAAGUGAAAUCACUGUGAGUACUUACAUAACAAAUACUGAGUACAGGAUCUGAGGUAGAGUCACGUCUGUCUGGUUUUACAUGUCAGCCUUGUGCUCGGUUCCAGAGUGUUCUCACCCCAGUUAUUGAACCAGUCUGGUCUGUGUUUUUUGCUCUUUGAAGGAAGCAUUUAAGGAAAACAUACAUUGUACCAUUUUAAUUGUAUAUACUAUAGAUACAGCAUUAGAUAAGAAUUCUAUAAGAAACUUUUCAACUUUGUUCAUGUUUACUUGCCAACUAGGAUGACUCAACACAAGGAUUGUAUUGAUGUCAAACUCGGACCAUAAUGUUGAUGGUUUGUCUACUGAAGCACACAGGUAGCUAGGUUUACCAUCUAGAGUAUCUUAUACCAUGAUGUCUUUGUCAUAAGAGAAAUGCUACUUUCAGUGUAUUUUAUUUAAUCCUUGAUGUAUAUUUCCUGUAAAGAAAAGCAUCUAUGAACAUGUUUUUAUUUUGGUUUUAAAGCAAUGUUUUGAGAGUUUUCACAAAGAGCAGCCUUGGAGACUAUUUAUAUGGUUGUCAUUGUACAACAGAUUGUCAGAUGUACAGUAUUAAAUCCAGAUUUGCUCUUGGGUGGAUUCCAGGUCUUUAGAUUCGUUCAUGAAAUUCACUGUUUUAAAAAGAUAAGACAGCAGAGUCUGGUUGAUGAUUUUAAGGGGAAAAAAUGUAUUAUACUUACCAUUUUUAAGUUUUCUGAUGCUUCUUGCUGUUUUCCCUUCUCUGGGAGGUUGACAUCCUGCCGCCCACACAUAUUCAGCAUGAUUGACACCAAAUAGUGACAAAAACAAGGCAUGCUGGGUAAAAGUCUUGUUGGAUUACUUAAAGAAGUGUCUGGACAUUAUAUAACUUUGUUACUGUUUCCAUCUGACCUUUCUCUGUCCUUCUUUUUCCUGUUAGUGACUUGGAUUUUAUAAACAGGAAAGUCCCACCAUAGUCUGAAGAAGGAGGUAUACUUGAGAAUUGGUCCUUUUAUGAUGGAUAUUUUGACAAAUUUGACAGUUUAUCAUGUCUAUAAGUGUUCACUCUGUCCAUACAUCGGCAGUCACACUCACAAUCCAAAAUCUCAUCGAGGCAUGUUUAAUUUAGUAAAGAAACUACGACAUUU